AUGAGCAGCAAAAAGUCAACACCUAAAUCGUCCAAAAAGACAGAGAAAAAGUCAAACAAGAAGAGUAAGAAGAAAAAACCACAAAAGCCAAAGUCGGGUCGAAAGAGCAACAAGAUAAGCAACAAAAGAAGCAAAAAGCCGAACACUUCAGCGAAACCGCGUUCUGCAAAGAAGCACACUCCAAAAGGAGGCAAUCGACGCUCUCGAAAAGGCAAAACUCAGAAGCAGACAAUGAAGCCAGCGGCCACCGUGGAUCAAAAGAUGGCCAAGACUGGCCGUCGAAGCAAGGGCGGAAAGCCUCGCCGAGUGCUGGUGGCCGGCUCGCACGGCGGCAGCAAGUACCUCCACAAUGGCAUCUCCACGGCCAAGUACCACCCGGUCACCUUUCUGCCCAUCUUCCUCUUUGAGCAGUUCCAGCGCUACUCCAACAUCUUCUUUCUCGCCACGGCGCUUAUGCAGCAGAUACCCAACGUCUCGCCUACGGGAAGAUACACCACCAUCUUCCCGCUCGCCUUCAUCCUCCUCUGCUCGGCGGUGAAGGAGAUCUACGAGGACUUCAAACGCCACAAGGAGGACUGGGCGGUCAAUCGGACCGAGGCAGAGAUCUUAAGUCGAAAUGCAACCGCCAGCAGCGGUGGUGGUGGUGCAAGUCGGGUGGUAAAGCGUCACUGGAAGGACAUUGCCGUCGGUGAUCUGCUGCUGCUCCGCCAGAAUGGCUACUUUCCCGCCGACUGUGUUCUGCUCUCCUCAAAUGAGCCCAGUGGAAUCUGCUACAUCGAAACGGCGAACCUCGACGGCGAGACGAACCUCAAGGCACGCUCCUCCCUUGCAAUCACCGACGCCUACUGCUCAAAGGUGCACAAGAAGACGGGAGUGAAGAUGGUGGCGCCCAAGGCGAUCUUUGCCUCGCCGCUGACCACCGCCCUGAUCGAGUGCGACCAGCCGAACAAAAAGCUGUACGAGUUCAAGGGCAAACUGAAGCUGGAGAGCGGCGAGGAGGUCCCGAUCGGCCCGGACAACGUCCUUCUGCGAGGCGCGAAACUGCGCAACACCGAGUGGGCCGUCGGCGCCGUCGUCUACACAGGCCACGAGACGAAGCUGAUGAUGAACUACAGCACCGAAUCCGCUCCUCUGAAGCGUUCGGCCAUCGAGAAGGAGACCAACGGGCACAUCCUCGCCCUGCUGGCCAUCCUCCUCCUGAUCUGCAUCGUCUCGGCGAUCUUCGCCGUCCGCUGGACUUCGGCCAACGCCGCCCGUCACUGGUACCUUGUGGGCCUGGGGGAGAAAGGCUUCCUCCUCUACCUCUGCACCUUCAUCAUCCUCUACAACAACCUGAUACCCAUCUCGCUGCAGGUCACGCUGGAGAUGGUCCGCGUCAUUCAGGCACACUUUAUCAACAGCGACCUGGAGCUGUACGACGAGGAGACGGACACGCCGGCUCAGGCGAGGACCAGCAACCUGAAUGAGGAGCUCGGCCAGGUGCGGUACAUCCUCUCGGACAAGACCGGGACGCUGACACGGAACAUCAUGGACUUUAAGAAGUGCUCCAUCGGCGGGCGAAUCUACGACGACAGCAAGUUUGGCCUGCUGCUGGAGAAGAUUGCCGCGAAGGAGGCGGGCACCGACUGGGAGAAGAUCCGCGAGUUCCUCGUCCUCCUCGCCGUCUGCCACACCGUCAUUCCGGAGCCGACGGGCAAGGAGACCGGACCACGCUUCACCUACUCCGCCUCCAGUCCGGAUGAGGCGGCGCUGGUGUCCGGGGCGCAGAAGAUCGGCUUCGAGUUCGUCCAGCGAACGCCCACUGAGGUGAUCAUCCAGGCGAUGGGGGUGACGGAGCGCUACGAGGUUCUGACCAUUCUGGAGUUCAAUUCGGACCGGAAGCGCAUGUCGGCGAUUGUCCGAACGCCGGCCGGUCGCAUAAAGCUGUACAUCAAGGGAGCCGACUCCAUCAUCGCCAAGCGCCUCAGCCCGGCCUCGGUGCAGGAGUUUGCCGCCACUGAGGCCGCCUUGACCGUCUUCGCCACCGAGGGCCUUCGAACGCUGUGCGUCGCCUCGGCGGACCUCACCGAGGAGCGCUACGCCGCCUGGGAGAAGAAGUACAACGACGCCCUCUCACUGCCCAAAACCAGCGAGAGCGAGGAAAGCGGAAAGAAUGGAGGAAAAAGCCGCGACGAGAUCAUCAACGAGGUCUCCUCGGAGAUCGAGACCAAUCUGACGCUGCUGGGGGCGACUGCCAUCGAGGACAAGCUGCAGGUGGGCGUGCCGGAGACGAUUGAGACGCUGAUGCGAGCGGGCAUCAGCAUUUGGAUGCUCACCGGGGACAAGCAGGAGACGGCCAUCAACAUCGGCUACAGCUGUCGGCUGCUGAAGAGCGUCCAGGCGGUGGAGUGCUACCACAUCAUCAAUGAGGACAGCACCGAGCGGACGUUGGAGUCGAUUCAGGUGGCUGAGGAGAAGCUAAGGGCCCACCCCGCCGAUUUUACCCUGGUCAUUGAUACCAAAUCGCUCAACUUUGCCCUGCUGCCCGAGGUGCAGCCCGCCUUCAUGGCCCUCUCCCUGAAGUGCCGCUCCGUCAUCUGCUGCCGCGUGACGCCCUCGCAGAAGGCGGAGGUCACAAACGCAGUCAAACAGGCCACCGGGCAGAUCACGCUCGGCAUCGGCGACGGCGCCAACGACGUGGCCAUGAUCCGCGCGGCGAACGUCGGCGUGGGCAUCAGCGGCCGUGAAGGCUUGCAGGCGGUCUACUCCGCCGACUACGCAAUCGGCCAGUUCCGCUUUCUGGCUCGCCUGUUGCUCGUCCACGGCAGCUGGAACCUGAGCCGCGUCUGCAAGCUGAUCCUCUACUCCUUCUACAAGAACAUCGUCCUCUACGUCAUUGAGCUGUGGUUCGCCACGGUGACGGCCUUCAGCGGUCAGGCGGGCUUCGAGCGCUGGUCACUCUCCCUCUACAACCUGCUCUUCACGGCGGCGCCGCCGAUGAUGUUGGGCCUCUUUGACCGCGCCUGCAGCGCCGAAAUGCUCCUCGACAACCCGGAGCUGUACAGCGAGCAGUGGGGAGCGGUCUUCAACGUCCGCCUCUUCUGGUUCUGGAUCGGCUCCGCGAUUUGGCACUCGCUGGUCCUCUUCUGGCUCACCUACUUUACCUUCCGCCAUGAGACGCUGUGGGAGAAUGGGAAGAGCGAUGGAGGCGGCUUCUGCUUUGCCAACAUUCUCUUCACCUAUGUUGUGAUCACGGUGUGCAUGAAGGCCGCCCUAGAGACCGCCUGCUGGAACGUCAUCACCCACUUCGCCGUGUGGGGCUCCAUCGGCGCCUGGUUCCUCUUCCUCCUCAUCUACGCCCGCGUCUGGCCCGCCCUGCCCUUCGGCGCCGACAUGGCCGACCUCGACGCGGCCAUCUUCUCCACCUGGCUCUUCUGGCUGGCCCUCCUCGUCAUCCCCUUCGUCGCCGUCCUGGUGGACAUCGUCGUGAAGCUGAUAAUGCGCACCUGCUUCAAGUCGCUCGCCGACAAGAUCAUCGAGCUGGAGCUGGCGCGCGAGUCGGCCUCCAAGCUGGCGCUCACCAACCCCGAGACGAUGCGCGAGCGGGCGCGGGCGCUGGUGCUCAACCUGAUCAGCAGCUCGCAUGCUGAAAGCGGUGGCCAGCUGCCUUCUCCGGCCACGGUGACCACCACCACCCGCAUGGCGCUGGUGCCGGGCGACGGCGAGCAGACGGUGCUCUCCCCGGUCACUGACGCGCAGAUUGACGCCGCCCACGGGUACUCCUUCUCGCAGGUGGAGGGCGGCGGAGAGCUCUCGCAGAGCAACGUCAUUCGCAUGUACCGCACGGCGCUGAAGAAGCGCAUUCCGCCGCCGCUCACCGACGGGGACAAGUAA